AUGGGUAAUAUUGCUAACUCGAAGAAGUACAUGAAACAAUAUAGAGCAAAGAGAAAAUCUUAAGAAAUUAUGCUGAAGUAAUACAUACAUGAAAGAACUAGGGUUAACAGCUUGGAAAAUAUGUGUAUUGACUUGAAUGACUUGGAUGGUAAAUAAAUUAGAUGUGAUGAAAUCCCAAUAAUUUUUAACUCAAUCGCUCACAAAGAGGAGCUAGUUCAUUUCAGAAUUAAUCUUCAAAACAACAAUAUAAGAGAUGAAGGGAUUUUACUUCUUUUCGCAAGUUUGAGUAAAUGUUCCAAACUGUAGUCUUUUCAUCUUUCUCUUGGAUAAAAUUGUAUAGGCGAUUAAGGAGUAUUUUACUUAGUUCAAGGAUUAAAUUAACUCAAAUAGCUUGAAAGUGUUUCACUUUUCCUUUAAGACAAUUAAAUUACUAGCAACGGUGUUGAUUAUUUUUAAUCCCUACAGGAAAAUUUGAAUUUAAAGAGUCUUUCAUUGAGUUUGAGCAAGAAUUAUAUUGGAAUUUUUAUGGAUAAAUUAGUAAGUAAGUUGGGAUAAUGUUUUCCAAAUAUAAAAGAAUUUGAGCUUUUUUCCUAAAACUGUGAAUUAACAAAUGCAGGAGCUAAUAUGCUCGCCAAUAAAUUAUCCAGUUUGAAAAAUUUAGAAAGCUUAUCUCUCUUUCUAGAUAACAACUCGAUCACUGAUAAUGGAAUAAUUUCAUUAGUUCGUGCUGUUUGUCAAUUUUAAAACCUCAAAAAAUUAUCAUUGAAUUUAUGCGAGAGCAAAGUGUAAGAUGUUAAUUCUUAUUUUUCGCCUUUAAAUGUCUUUAGUGAUAAAUGCGUAUUGCAAGUUCUUCAAGAUUUUUCAGCUUAUUUAAAGCUAAGCAAGCUUAACUUUUAAAUGAAGAGCUACAAUCAUACAGAUUAUCUAAAUUUCCUAAAAAAUGGAUUCGAGGCUCUAGAAAAAGAGUAAGAAACAAACAAACAUGAAAUGAUCUCCUUUGUCGAAAGUAAAUAUGAGGACAAAGAAAAUUACAUCAUAAGCAUAUGA